UGUACAAUGUUGCUGGACAAACAUGGUUGUUGCUGCUAAUUCCUAAGUCUGGCUCGGGAACUGAUGCUUCACUCCUUCCUGCUCUUUUGUGUGGGACAGAGCUUCAGUCUCCACCAUCCAUCAUUCAGGAACCAAUUCUGACUUCCAAACAGAGACCAGGAAACCUGUCCAGGGGAGUCUGAGAACCUGUCACCUCCACCUCAUGGAUUCAGGGAACCUUACAAGAGUGUCAGAAUUUCUUCUCCUGGGACUAUCAGAGGACCCAGCACUGCAGCCCAUCCUAUUUGGGCUGUUCCUCUGCAUGUACCUGAUCACUGUGUUGGGAAACCUGCUCAUCAUCCUGGCCGUCAGCUCAGACUUCCACCUCCACACGCCCAUGUACUUCUUCCUCUCCAACCUGUCCUUGGCUGACAUCUGUAACACCUCCACCACCAUCCCAAAGAUGCUGCUGAACAUCCAGACACAGAGCAAAGUCAUCACCUAUUCAGGCUGCAUCACCCAAAUGUAUUUUUUUACACUAUUUGGAGGUUGGGACCACUUCCUCCUGACUGUGAUGGCCUAUGACCGCUUUGUGGCCAUCUGCCACCCCCUGCACUACAUGGUCAUCAUGAACCUCUGGCUCUGUGGACUGCUGGUUCUGGUUUCCUGGAUCUUGAGUGCCCUGGGUUCCUUGCUACAAUGCUUGAUGGUGUUGAGGCUGUCCUUCCGUCCAGGCUUGGAAAUCCCCCACUUUUUCUGUGAACUUAAUCAGAUGACCCAACUUGCCUGUUCUGACAAUUUUCUUAAUAACAUUGUGUUGUAUUCUGCAACUGUGCUACUGGGUGGUGGUCCCCUGGCUGGGCUCCUUUACUCUUACUCUAAGAUCAUGUCCUCCAUACGAGCAAUCCCAUCAGCUCAGGGGAAAUAUAAAGCAUUUUCUACCUGUGUGUCUCAUCUGUCAGUUGUCUCCUUAUUUUAUGGUACAAGCCUAGGUAUAUAUCUCAGCUCUGCCGGUACCCACCACUCCCAGGCAAGUGCAAAAGCCUCAGUGUUGUACACUGUGGUCACACCCAUGCUGAACCCCUUCAUCUACAGUCUCAAGAACAGAGACAUAAAGGGGGCUCUGAAAAGAUUCUUUAGGGUGUCUGGUAAAUUAGGGACCAUAAUCCUGAAUCAGAAAAUGUGACCUUGAUUUCUCGGCUCUAAGAGGAAAAUCAGAAAGUGUUUCUUCAAUCAGAUUGUGGUUUGCAAACUUGCUCCUUUUUUUCUGUGUUGCAAUUUCCAUUUCUUUGAGUUUGACUUCUCCAUACUAUUUACAUUACUUAAUGCCAGACACUUUUCCCCUUUCUCCUUAUUCUAAGCUCAACAUAGUUUUUUCCCCCUGGAUCAGAACUUUUUGUAAAUUACAUACAGUUUAUUUCACAGCAACAUGGAUUUCUUAAGAAUCAUAUCUUCUGAAGUGAUGUACAUUGUUGUAAGUAAGUUGGUCUUGUUUUAUAAAUAGAAUAGUCAUAAGUU